AUGAAAAAAUCGAGCGAUCUGACUAUUGUAAAUAUAUUUUAUUCACUUUAUUAGAAAACUACAAACGAAUCAGAAUCUCGUAAAUAUAAUAGCUUUAAUCCUAAAACUCCCAUGUAAGCUACCUUUAAUCGUACUCAUAUUCGACAUCCAAUCAAGGAGUAUUUUCCAAAUAAAUAACACACUCAACAUACUCAACAUACUCAACAUACAUCAAUUUAAAAUACUUAACCAAGCAUUAAGUCUCCACCCAAUUCUAAACCUAUAAGUCUUGCUAAUGCUUGUAGUAACUUUGAUUUAAUUUAGUAUCUCUUUUGUCAAAGGAUGAAACUAAUCCUACUAGUAGACGUAAUAGUCGUAGAUUACAUACAAAUCAAUUAAAGAAUAUUUUAGCAUAAGAAAAAGUCUCCCUUGAUAGUGUUCGUAAUUAAUUUCAAUAAAUUAUAAGGUUUCAGCACUUAAUUCUAAAAUCCAUAACCUAUCAUUUAAUUAUUCACAUAACAUAAUUCACCUAAAAAGAGUUUAAAAACUAGUCCAGAUACAAAGCAUCCCAUUAUAUAGGAGACAUUCAAAAAUCGUAUAUCACAUAAAUUGUCUGGACAUAUGUAAGAAAAAAUUGAAUAAAUACCUUAAAUUACGUCUGAUUCUGUUAGAUAGAGAAUUUCAACCUUAAAACAAAAAUUACGAGGGAAUAUUUAAUAGAGAUAUUAUAAGUUCAAUAAUAAUUUUACAAUUAAAAAUCCAAAUACAUUUUAAGAAGAUAUUGAGUAUAAAUUUACCAAAUAACCUAAACCAUAAUUACCAUAAACACCUCCUAUUGUUUUAGAACAUUAUUAAUCUUAAUUGUCUGAAUUUGAAAAGAAUGAAAUUAAAGAUAUUGAAAUCAUCUAUUAUUUGAGACCUGAAAAUGUAACACUACCUUAAGAUUCUGAAUACAAUAAUGGAUUUGAUACAGAAAAGUAUCAAUAUUAUUUAUAUCAAUAGAGGUGAUUAUAUGUUUAGAUAACAUGAUCAUAUCAUUUAUCGUUAUGAAAUGUUAGAAUAAUUAGGUCAUGGCAGUUUUGGAUAUGUAUUUAAAGUAUUGGAUCAUAAACAUUAAUAAAAUGUUGCUUUAAAAAUUAUAAAAAAUAAAGAAAAAUUCCAAAAAUAAGCAUUUAUUGAAAUUGAAAUCCUGAAAGUAGUCAAUAAAGCUGAUAAUAGUUGUUGCCUUAUUAAAAUGCUUAAUUAUUUUGUUUUUCGAAAUCACGUAGUAUGAUAGUCAUCAUUAUUAGAGUGUAUGGUUUUUGAAUUAUUGAGUUGCAAUCUUUAUGAAUUCUUGGCUAUUAAUGAUUUCUAAGGAUUUGAACUUGAUUUAGUCAGAAGAUUUGCUAUUCAAAUAUUGUAAGCACUUUUGUACUUAUCUGAAUGCAAUAUUAUUCAUUGUGAUCUUAAACCUGAAAACAUACUAUUAAAGGAUAUCUCAAGAUCUGGUAUCAAAAUUAUUGACUUUGGAUCUAGUUGUUUUAUUAACUCUAAAUUAUACACCUAUAUUUAAGUAUAUUAAAUAAAAUAUCUUAUUUAGAGUAGAUUUUAUAGAGCCCCUGAAAUAUUACUUGGUAUUCCUUAUACAACAUAAAUUGAUAUGUGGAGUUUUGGAUGUAUAGUGGCUGAACUAUUCCUUGGGAACUCAUUAUUUUAAUCGAAAUCUGAAAAAGAAUUGUUAUUUCUAUAAGUUUCGAUUCUUGGGAAACCAUCUAAUUAAUUUUUAGAUUAUUGUCCUAAGAAACAUAAAUUUUUCAAUGCUAAUUAUGAACUUCUGACUAAGAUUAAAGAAAGUGAUUUAAUCUUUCCACUUAAACCUUUGAAAGAGCUUCUUUAAACAGGAUCUCCUAUCUUUUAUGAUGUAUUUCACAAAUUUAUGAUAUAAGUUCAUUAACAAAUGUUUGUAAUGGGAUCCAAAUAUGAGAAUGAAAGCAGCUGAAGCUUUAAUGCAUCCUUGGAUUAUUGAAGGUUUGCCUAAUGAAAUUAAGUAAAUUAUAUAUGAGUAUUACUAUAGAAAAUAACAUGUCUAGUAGAUGAAGCUUUACAUAUAAUAAAAAAAUUUAGAUUAAUAAGGAUAAGGCAUUCAAAUAAAAUGA